GGUCCAAAUAAGACACAGUAGAUCAUGAUCCCCACCUCCACCUUGUUGCAUACGCAUUUCUAAGUAACUUUUUCGUGUGUCUUCGUCUCUUCCCGCCAUCUCACCUACAAUAUACGAAUAUCAUUUUUCACAGCUAGAGGUGGUCGUUGUUUUCUUUUCUGCGUUGUUUCCUCUGUAGUUUUCGCUCGAAUAUUGCAGUCCUCGGGGUCAUCAACAUGGCGCUCCUGGCGUCAGGUAGUACAGGUGUGGAGCUGCAGAUCUUGCGGUACCUCAUCCAACAGGUCGGGGGAAACGGAGUGGAAACCCAGCGUUUGAGCCAGCUGUUGGACGAGAAGCAGAGGCAGGAUGAGACGGAGCAACGUACUUACAGUCAUCUUUGAGUGAUCUGUACUGGCGUGCAUUGACGAAUUCAAAUUGGAAAUAGAAUUGAAAAGUCUCUCCUGAAUGUGAACGGUUACUUAAUUGCAGCCAAGUUCGCCUGGAAACAAAAACUGUGAAUCGAUGGUGGCGUUGUAGUUGUGAGUACUUACAUAGAUCUCACACGUGCAAAACGCACAGGUAAAAGCGCUCUGCUUGAGCAACGAGUCCAACUGCUCGAGCAGCAACUCCGACAGCAGGGUCAGCAACAAGGCAACGGCCUCCACUCUCCGUCAUCCAUGAGCCAGGCCGGUCAACAGGCGACCAACGACCUGAUGAAGGGGUUUAGCAACGCCGGUCUGGAGAUCCUCAAGAUGGGCACCCACCAGCAGACCGCCGCAAUCGCGGAGCAGAUGGCCGAAAAUAUGGCCAGCAAGUACGCCCACGUCGAGAUCCAGCAGCUCCGGGCGGAACUGGAGAAGGCAAAACUGCAGGCGGAAAGCGACAACAAGCAGCAUUCGACGCUGCUGGCCGCGUGCGAGCGGGACCUGCACGACUUCUCCUCCGCGCUGGAGGCCGUGAACGUGGAGCUGGACGAGCAGAAAACGCGGUCCGAAUUCCUCGUCAACUCCCGGAUUAAGUCCCUCGAGGACCGCGUUGCGGAGCAGCUGGCCGAACUCCAGUCCGCGUUUGGGCGGCACGAGGACUGGAUGAACCAGGAAGUCGUUCCUUCCGUGAACGCGUUGGACCACCGGCUAUCGAAGACAAAGGACAACAAUGAGGAGGAGAAGAACACGCUGCAGAAAGAGCUCAGCGAGCUGCAGGAGUCCACGGCGGAGCGCACCGGGGAGGUGGACAGUCGGAUUGGGAAGCUGGAGGAGCAGCUCUUCGGACUGAAACUCGAGGUGCUGAAUGCGAUGAACAGCAGCAGGGACAUCCUGAAGGACUUCGAGGAGCAGGAGGUGCAGAAGACGAAAACCGAGCAGCUGCGGGAAAAGGACGUGCGCAUCUUGGCGAACGACUUGACCAAGUUGAAAAGCACGCUGCUGCUGGCCGAAGAGGGCGUGGAGGACGAUCCGAGGAAACGCUUGUCAUUCUUCACCAAGGAGCUCAUGCGCGAGGACGAGAGUGGGGAGGUGGAUAACAAUUCAAACUCGAUGUUGCCAUUUCAUCAGCAAGAUAAGGUCAACCAAAAGCAUGGGAGCCAACAGCCAGGAGGUGACAACUUCAUGGGCCGCGGCCAGGCAGGGUAAGUUCAAGCUGUCCUCGAAGUAGGUCUGUAUAACAAAAGUGGCUGCCACCUUUUUGUUUUUUUCAUCUCUCUAUGUUGUUUUCACACUCAUACCUAGGAAUCUCGUUGUCGUUGUUUUUCAGUUCCUUUCCUCUUUCUUUCGUACUACCCUCGAUAGUAGAACAAAACAACAUCAGGUUCUCUACCUCCUCCAGCCCCAACAAGCAGAAGCAAUUUAAUUUCCAGCCGGAUUUCCUUGAAGCUCUUAUUGCGCAGUUGGUGGCCCGCACGAACCUGGAGCACCGCUUUUCCACCGUCGAAGAUACCGUCGAGAAGAAGAACACGAAAUUUGACCUGCAGCUCACUAGCCUGCACACCGGGUUCGACGAGUACCGCCGGGAGGUGCAAACAACCAAAGAGCAGCUGGUGAACUUGGCGGAACACUUCAAGGCAGCGUUUGCGCAUCCCAUGUUCAGCUUUGGGCAGAACAAGACGACAACAGCUGCAUCUUCUGGCUCUACAUCUAGCGGUGAUUUCGCGAGCAAAAACUGGAACCCAUUGGCGGAUCCGCGACAGACUAACAUGCCAAGUUUGGCAUUGCCGGGGAUUCGCUCACCGACGGAACUGGGCUCUUCGUCACUGCCCAUGACAAGCCUGGACAUGAUUAGUAACGGGGACAACGUCAAGCCAACAAACUCGUCGCAAGUUGUGCGGGCUGGUGCGGACGGCGCUGGCACGCUUGCAUCGCCACCGAGAUCUCCCAGGGGGAAUCAGGUAAAAUAGCAGAUGCUUGUUCGCGAUCAGCUUGGACGACCGGAUAUUGGACUAGUACGUAGGUUUGUUUUGACACUUCUGCUUUUUCACGGACGCCGACAGCUAAAAAAAUAAAGUAAAAUCUUGAUCUUCAGGUUACCGAUACCAGCGGGACGGGGAAAAAAGUCGAAGUCAGCGGCCUGUUCAACUCCUUCGAAGGCUACUUCACCGAAAAGAUUUCGCACCACGUGAUUCACUCGUUUUCCGACAAAAUUGCCCAGCUUCAACUGCUUAUUGAGGAGCGCGCGCCGAGCAGAAAGCUUGAGGACCUGUCCCAAACGACGGAGCACUUGGCGGAAGGCGUUUUCAAGCUCGCGCAGGUGACUGGUGUGAUCCCGCCGAAAACUAGUACACCAGCAAGCGAGCCAUCGUCUGCAGCCGUUGGAGUUCAGAGAGAGGAGCACCAACAAAACCAAUCCACCUACAGCCACUUACAGGAGUUCGAUUCCUGGAAGGAAAGAUCGCGGCUCCUUCCGCUCCGGAUAGAGAAGGUGUGGCGAGCCCGGUGUGCGAACAAAUGCCGCAACGUGCUGGACAUGGUCGCCAAGAAGGCGGAUUUGGGGCUACUGAAACUCUUACAGCAGUCGGUCCACGAUCUGGAGCUGCAGAUGCUGUCUUCGCGAAACCAACUUACCGCGUAUCGCAUGACUACUGUGCCGCCCAUGACGAUGUUUCCGGGCAAGAAUUUUUCUUGCAACAGCAAUUCGCAACAAGAAGCAGGGCAAUUUCGCGGUCACUCGCAGCACCAGCAGGCUGGGACGAGUGGAAGUGGUUUGCGAUUGUUGAUGCGGGAGGAGGAACCAUACCAUGAAAGCAAGUUGCAGAACGGAACCGCCGCAGUCUCCUCGAACUCCAGGCAGUUUGAACACAGGAGCUAUGACGAGCGCGAGGCCGGGUUUGAAUCUGUGUAUGGGAAUGCUUCGCGACAGCAGCACUCACUUCGUACUUCGUUUUAUUCUUGUUCUACUUCUAGCUAUUAUUUGAGUAUGCGAAAUACAAAUAUCAAGUGGGCAUGCACUUCAUCCACUGCUAGUGAUCUGCAGAACAAAAGAAUGUUUUGAAAAAAUGCAAAUCAACAACAGCCCCAUCCCGUCCGAGAAGUGCACAUGGUGUGACGACGGUGAGUGCCGGUAGAGCGCGGGACACUUCUCCGCCAAACAGCAGCCGGAACGUAGAGCAGCAACGACAGGCGGCCCGAGGUGUCGUCGAAAGCGCGUCGUCGCACUACAACAACUCGCAACACCACGAGAACGCCGUUGAAAGCUCCACUUCAGGUUCGCACUUGCGAUUCGGCACGCAGCAGCAAAAAGUGCCAGCGGCUGAUCCGCUGGGCUCCACCAUGAAGGGCCUGUUAGAAGGCCCGCCGCCCAGCCAUCUCUCCACGUUUGGAAGUACGCCGCGACGAAACUACGCAAAUGAGCAGCAGACGAACAAAGUACAAAAUCACCAACGCAUGCUUGUCAGCUCGCCGCAUUUCGGGAACUUUGCCGGCUCGACGGGUGGAGCUACGGCCUCGAAUCACACUAAUGUUGCCGCGUCCUCAGUUGUACCGCAGGCUGACUUCCUGUCCUACAGCGAGCAGGAUCAGGACCCCUGCGUUCCGAGUGUCAAAGUGAACCAGAUGCACCCACAGCGUCCGCAGCCGACGCAUCCCGGACGGGUUCUGAAAAUGCGCGAGGAGCAUUACUAGAAAUUUGGGACGAUUUUUCAUGACACCCGGUUCAUUUCUUCAAUUUGAAUUUCUCUGACGAGCAGUUCCUUGCGUUUCGACUCAACGUGUUGAUGUACUUAGAAGCAUCGCUGUUUCGUUCUACUUUUCCGUAUCACAACUACAUCACAAGUGGAAAUGUUUCCGAGUGACUUUCUCCAUGUUGCACUUGCAGUUGAAUUCUUUUCAUCUCAAACAAUCGGAUUUUGAAAAAUUUAAAUAGCCGAGUUUCCAAAAAGGUUUAAGGUCAAACAGUCCGAAAGGUUCAUCUCUUGCCGAAGAGGACAAAGAAAAUGAAGCCGAUAGUAUACGUUCUUGUAUGAUCAUACCGAUAGCGAUACGACAUGCAAUACACUUCUUCAAUGCCAUAUCAAGAGCAUUUCUUUACAAAAUCUACAUGUGGGAAGACAUAGCACGACACAAGGAACAUGAAAUACUCCUAAGUCUAGACAAAUACACAAGUAAGGAUGUUUCUUUGAUUCGAAACCGCUUGCCAAAUGGUAGCGACACGUUUUGGAAGAUGUCACUGUAUCAAAUGAGGCAU